UGUGAUAUAAAUAAUGAGGCAUUCACACCCAGUAAUUUACAUAGUUGACGCCUAAAAUGAUGUAUUUUUUAUAUGUUAUAUUGUUUAUUUUGGAGUGUGUCUAUAUCAGUGAUGCAAAAUACCCCAAAGAAAUAAAUGAGCGUCCAAUAAUUGGGAUUUUAAGCCAAGAACAGUCUCGCUACCUUCACACUAAGUUUCCAGAAGAAAACUAUACGAGUUACAUUGCAGCUUCUUACGUGAACGAUGUGGAAAAGUCUGGAGCCCGGGUAGUGCCCAUAUUAAUUGGAAAAGAUCGUAGCUAUUACAGAGAUUUAAUGCUUAAAAUUAAUGGUGUAUUUUUCCCUGGUGGAGCGACUUAUUUCAAUCAAUCCGAUGGUUACGCUGAUGCUGCUCAGCAUAUAUAUGAAAUCGCUCACGAGUUUAACGAUGCCGGCGACUAUUUUCCAAUUUUCGGAACUUGCUUGGGAUUUCAGCUAAUCAUCAUAUUGGCUUCUGGUCGCGGACCAAAUGAAAACAGGGAGACUUGUUACUCCUUUGAAAAUUUGCCGCUAAUCUUUGCACCAGACUUUCGCACCAGUAAAAUGUUCAAAGACAUAAACGAAGAUAUACUCCAAAUUCUCGCUACGGAAGACGUCACAGCAAACCUUCAUCAAUUUUGUAUUCUGGAUAAGAAUCUAGAAAACUAUUAUUUAACGAAGGACUGGAGACCAACUUCUUACGGAUAUGAUGCAAACCAUAUAAAAUUCAUUGCGUCUUAUGAGCAUAAUAGGUACCCCUUCUACGGUGUUCAGUUCCACCCAGAGAAGGGUUCAUUUGAAUGGAAACGAUCCAAGCGCUAUCCUCAUUCAAUGAAUUCUAUCAAAGCGAACAGGCAUUUCAUGGACUUUUUCGUGACAGAAUGCAGAAAAAGCACUCAUUCAUUCAGUAAUGAAAGAGAAGAGAAUGAGAAUUUGAUUUACAAUUAUCCAGCUGUACCAACAGGCAUUCUUGGCAGCGCACAUCAUCAAUGUUACUUCUUCGAGCCGAGAGGAUUUGUAUCCAGACGUUUUAUGCCAUCUGCAGGCGCUUGAAAUUAAGUUUAUUUAUUUAAAAAACCUAAUAAAGUUGCUCUUCUUUUUUAAAAAGGGUUUUUUUUUAAAUAACAUACUAACAGUUUAAAAUUAUAUUCAACUUACAACGCGUUUAUUUGUCACAAAUUACCUAUAUACUUUGAAUUAAUAUAAUUGAAAUAAGUUAUACAUAUUUAUAAUAUCUUUUUAUAACAAUAUAUUUGUUACUAACCCCUGAACGCCUAGGCAUACAAAUUGUCAUAUUUUAAAUAAAAUAUUUAAUAAAAUUGGGGCGUCUGCAAUCGUGUUUUCAUCUCGUUCAAUCAUUCGAAACCAAUUUAUAAAAUAAAAGUGUAAUUCUAGAGUCGAGAGACAAUAUGAACUUAUGACCUAUUUGCCCAAAUAUGAAGGAAUUUCAAUAAGUAAUUUGAGGUUCAAGUUUAUCAGAUUCUCACGCAACCUUAAUAUAAAAAAGCUUAUUUUGUAUAGGUGAGGUCCUUACCUUGUGCGUUCGAGUCAUGGCACUAAUGGAAGUACUUCUAAGUCCUCUUAACACUCGCUCCCAUGCAGAAAACUGAAAAGUUCAGGUACAGAAGGCUGAUCACCUACUUUCUUAUAAAAAGAAACAAAUUCUUACGACAGAGAUAAAGAAAAGGUAGUCGCACCAUUGGUUUUUUACAAUAUGUAUUCAUUAUUAUUUUCAAAAUCCAGUGGCGCUCCAAUUAUGUGAUAUCAGAUUUCUCUUGAUGCUACGUGGUUAAGAAAAGGUUUGUUGUGUUGACCUUCUCGUCCAUUGAUAGAUUACGGGAUUUUUACACAAUAUUAACGAUAUUACAUAUCAAGCAUUGGCUAUUAAAUGUUUUAACGUGACAACGUCUUAUAAUUUGAUGGAGCUGGCUGCACGUACGA